CUUUUCCAAAACCAAGCCAACCUGUUGAGUGUCUCAGUGGAUAAGUCUGGGUGUUGGCGCACAGAGCGGAGAGAAGUCGAUGCCUCUGAGUCAGAUAUCCGCCUGCUUCUGAGAAAUCUCCCGUUUUUUCCCCCCUGACACACACAGCGUUUGUUUUAGGCACAAAAAGCAUCACAGGUGAAGAUGGCAAAGAUCCAUGCGUUGGUGUUUAUGACCCUCAUGUCGCUGGUGUUGGCAGAAGCACAGGACGUCGAGGAUGACCCAUUUACCUUUGACUACCACAGGCUGCGUGUUGGAGGCCUGAUUCUAGCUGCUGUCCUCUGCCUUAUUGGCAUCACCAUCCUGUUCAGCGGCCACUGCAGGUGCAAAUUCAACCAGGACAAGAGGAGGAGGACAGCAAGCAAUGCUCAGCAGAUGCUCCCCGAAUAAGGUCGUUCCUGUGACUGAUGGAUGUCAAUCAGAAAAGACACACUGAUGUUUGACACCUGCAACCAACAGAACACACCUGGGGGCUUGAAACAUCCAGCGCGAGGAUUUUGAUUUCAUGUUAGAGAGAAGCAGAAAGUAGUUUGUGUGUUCCUGCUGUAAGGAGUGAAGCUUUCUCCCUAAUAACUGAGCUACUGAUCUGAAGCAUGUACACAUUAGUCACUUUCAUUUCAAUCAACUGAACUUUUUCUGGUAUUUAGAUAUUGAAAAGG